CCCCUCCCGCUCUCCUCCCUCUUCCCGGCUCCAGCUCCGCCGCCAGCUCCGGCCUUUGCUCCCCCUCCCAGAGUCCCCUCCCCGGAGUGGAGCGCACCUAGGGUCCUUCUCCCUUCCCCCCAGCCCAGCCUCCCGUUCAGACCAGCAGCCUCGGGGGGCAGCCCCCCGCCAGCCUGCCUCCCUCCCACUCAGCCCUGCCAGGGCCCCCCAGCCAUGAAUCUCUUCCGAUUCCUGGGAGACCUCUCCCACCUCCUCGCCAUCAUCUUGCUACUGCUCAAAAUCUGGAAGUCCCGCUCGUGUGCCGGAAUUUCAGGGAAGAGCCAGGUCCUGUUUGCUGUGGUAUUCACUGCCCGAUAUCUGGACCUCUUCACCAACUACAUCUCACUCUACAACACGUGUAUGAAGGUGGUCUACAUAGCCUGCUCCUUCACCACGGUCUGGUUGAUUUAUAGCAAGUUCAAAGCCACUUACGAUGGGAACCAUGACACAUUCAGAGUGGAGUUCCUGGUCGUUCCCACAGCCAUUCUGGCAUUCCUGGUCAAUCAUGACUUCACCCCUCUGGAGAUCCUCUGGACCUUCUCCAUCUACCUGGAGUCGGUGGCCAUCUUGCCGCAGCUGUUCAUGGUGAGCAAGACUGGCGAGGCGGAGACCAUCACCAGCCACUACUUGUUUGCGCUGGGCGUUUACCGCACGCUCUAUCUCUUCAACUGGAUCUGGCGCUACCAUUUCGAGGGCUUCUUCGACCUCAUCGCCAUCGUGGCAGGCCUGGUCCAGACAGUUCUCUACUGCGAUUUCUUCUACCUCUAUAUCACCAAAGUCCUAAAGGGGAAGAAGUUGAGUUUGCCGGCAUAGCCCCGGUCCUCUCCAUCUCUCUCCUCGGCAGCGGCGGGAGGCAGAGGAAGGCGGCAGAAGAUGAAGAACUUUCCCAUCCAGGGGUGACUUUUUUAAGAACCCACCUCUCGCGCUCCCCAUCCCGCCUCCUGCCAGGUUUCAGGGGGACAGUGGAGGAUCCAGGUCUUGGGGAGCUCAGGACUUGGGCUGUUUGUAGUUUUUUGCCUUUUAGAGAAGAAAAAAAAAAAAUCUUUCCACUCUUUAGUUUUUGAUUCUGAUGACUCGUUUUUCUUCUACUCUGUGGCCCCAAUUUUUAUAAAGUGUUUUUGAGUGUCCUGUGGGCCGGGGCAGGGUCCAAGAUCUUUUCCCUUCCCCAGGCCCCUCGGCUCCCUCCCAGAUCCCACCCCCAGCCCCACUGGUUGCCAAACACUAAAUCUGCUGACACCCAUCUGCCCCACCUCCUGCCGUGGCCAUGAACCACAACCCCCCCUAAAUUUCUAGGUUGGGGGUAGGGAGAAAGGGAGGCCCAGGAAGGUCUCCCCUGAUUUUUUUUCAUAGUAAUUUUUUCCCCCAGAGUUUGAGUUUUUUCGUCUUCUCAUGGUUUUUUGGCAAAUUAGGGGGGCCCGGGGCUCAAGUGCAGGAAGGGGGCUGGGCCGAGGGUCCCAUGGCUCUCACACCAUGUUUUUGUACAGAACUGAUGGUUGAUUCUUUGUUCUCUUGAAAUAAACAGAAGAAAAUGAAACCUUU